AUGAGCUACAAUCUGCCACUUCUGGGAUGGGAGACCACCAUGGUUUACCGGGCGUGCUUCGAUUGGAUGCGUCAGCACAAGGCCUGGACCGUUUUCGGCGCGGGCACUGCCCUAGUUCUCGGCUCGGAGGUAGUUUGGUGGCUCUGGAAGCAGCUCCGGUACCUUAUGAGGCCCAAACCGCCACGGUUCGAUGUCGCCUUCUUCAACGAGCUGGGCGAGGAGUGCUCGGUGGAACACUAUCACUUCAUACGCCUGAAAGUGCCGAAGGACAAGCGGGAUUGCGGCAAUCCCCACUGCAGCGAGCGCAACGUCCAAAAGCUGGUGAAUCAGAUCGAUACAGCGGUGUACUCCGUGGAUGCAGCCAUCUUUUCGUUCAGUUCCGUGGUCAUGACGGAGGCCUUUGUACGGGCUCUGAGCCGAAACGUACGAGUGCGUAUAAUUACCGACCAUCAGUCGGCCGGCAACUCUGUCUUCCAAAAGUUGCGCCGCCUUGGGGUGAUUGUGCGCGGCCCCAAGCACAUGGGUGCCCGCAAUGCCCUCAUGCACCACAAGUUCUUUGUCGUGGACACCGAAUCCCGGGUGUUGGACAUCCAAAAGAGCCGGGGACUUCGCUACCAUCGUCCCAUAGUCACUAGGUUCGCUACCGGCUCUGUUAACUGGACGAUGCAGGGCUUCGGGGGAAACUGGGAGAACUGCAUCAUCAGCCACGAUGCCAGCCUGGCCGAGGUCCUGCAGGAGGAGUUCAAUCGCCUGUGGAAAGUCUCCGUAAACACUGCUCCGCCCAAGCGCAAAAAGGAAGAGUACGAGGAGUUAUGGUAG